GAGGGUGGCUAGGUCUCCUCCUCUUUCGCUUCGCUGACCCCCCAAAACCCUAGCUCGAGCGCUCCCUUCUUCCCCCCACCUCUGCGGCGGCGGCGGGCGGCGAGAUGGCGAAGUCGCUGCGGUCGAAGCGGGAGAAGCGGCUGCGCACGCUGCGGCGGGAGAUCGCGCAGCCCUUCUACGACAAGAAGGAGGCGGCCAAACUCGCCGCGCAGGCCGCCGCGCUCGAGGCGCCCGCGCUGCCGGUCCGCGCGCCUCCGCCGCCGUCCAAGGAUUCCGGCGGCUCCCGCGCCGCCUCCAGCUCGGCAUCGGCCAUGGACGUUGAGAUGGCGGAUGAAGGAAAUAACAAGUCCAAGUCCUUCUUGAAGCCAAUUGGUAGCAUUAGCAAGAAGAAGGUACAACUUCACUUGAAGAUCAAGAAAGAUAAAAGAAAAGCUAGGAAGAAGGGGAGGUUUAGUAAAAAGUAGGUGUCAAAGCUUACUCUGUUAUGAGAACCAUCAAUUUUGGUUAGUUUGAACAAUGCAUGUAAUGGUAAUCUCUUGUGUUGUUGUGCACCUAAGUGUUAACCAUCCAUUCUGGGUGGAUACCGUAUUGAAAUCAGCGAAAGCAGUGAGCCAGUGACACCCUAUUCAGGAGCUUCAUCCGUAUUACUGAUAUGAUCUUUUUUUAAGCAUCUGUGAUGAGCUAUAUAUAUUCA